CUUUCCCAUUUUGCCCUCAAGAGUUUUAAUCAAGAUGUGUCCGAAACGUGCAGCUGGUUUUGCACUAGCACUCAUCCUCCUAGUGUUGGCUUCCAUGCCAGCCAUCAAUCAAGCGGCCACGAAAAUAGUUGGCGGUUCCGAUAACUGGCGAUUCGGAUUCAACUACUCCGAUUGGGCCCAUAAAAACGGCCCAUUCUACCAAAAUGACACUUUGGUUUUCAAGUAUGACCCGCCAAACAGUACCACAUUCCCUCACAGUGUCUACUUGCUAGAGAACAACACGAGCUACCAAGCCUGCGAAUUGAAAAAUGCGACGUUGGUGGCGAACCAGACGCAGGGCGGUGGGACGGGGUUUGAGUUUGUGCUGUGCGAAAUCAAGGAUUACUACUUUGCGUGUGGCGAGCGGAACGGGACGCAUUGCAGUACUGGUCUGAUGAAAUUCGUUGUCAGGCCUCUCGAGCCUUGCCUGAGCUGAGGAAGUGGGCUAGGGAAGAGGCAGUGCUGCUAAUUGGAAUUUAA